AUGUACCUGAAUGGCAAUUUCAGCAAGUUAGCUCUUUUCCCCUUGUCGGCUAAAGCCACUUUCAACGGGAACCGAUUAGACAAAGUCUACAAAGGCAUAUGGUAUCCCUUCCUGAGUGGAUCGUACAAUGUCGUGUACACAGAUUCGGAUCUCAUCAUUGAUCAUUACUGCUUCUUAGGCAAUGAUGUCGUUCAAGUCUUUACGAAUGUGAAGAAUCCCAGUGCCGAAGUGCUGGAGCGAAUGUGGAAAGUCGUUGCUGAGAGUCCAGAGGUGAACGAGUCUAAACUGAGGAGAGUCAACUGUUGAUUAUGUAUAGUGCCAAAGAAACCCUGAUUUCAAAACACGACUUUUUUACAUUUUUAGAACUUGCCAAUUGUUGACAAUAGAGGCAUCUCACCUGCAGGAAACACCAAAAUCUACUGUUACACUUCAACUGGAGUCUUCUCUAUGAAUAUUAAUGCAGCACAUUUUG